ACGCACGCGCCCUCUAGCGUCAACUAUUACGCAAUGCGCAACUAACCUCAAAACUAACAAUAACAAAUGGUUACUUCAAAACCGCAAUUAGGAAACAAUUAGGACCGACUUGUCCUAAGUCGUGUGUGAGGGGGCACCAUGGACGGCGUGGUCGGUUUGGGCCACUUUUGCGAAAGUCACGGCCCGUGUGUGAUUCUGGCGACCCAGAGAUGUCAGGAGGAGCCCCGACAGUACCCCCAUAGUCUUUCAGUGCCUUGGUGCGAGUCUUGCCAGUCAAUUGAUUUGGACCAGUCAUUGGUCAGUAAGGACGAGGGAGUUUGUUACGUGACCACGCGGACCCCCUUGCAACAGGAUGUGGCCUUUUUGUUGAAACAAGCCGCCGUGAGGAGUCUCAGUUGUGAGGAAACCCGCGAAGGGGGGACUAUGUACUUUGGGGAUAGCGAAAGGGGGCACGUUUUGAGCCACACGUUUGCGUUACAGGACUCGCUAGCACGGGGGUUUCACCGGAAGUAUAGCAUUUUAAUACUGAUGCGAGACAAGAUCCAUUUACUGAACUGUUGGCCGAUUUUGACGAAAAACAUCAAAGAAAUCGCCUCGGAUUUGCAGACCAAAGCGGCACAAAUCAACGGAGUUGAGCAGAGUCAGUGUUCGCAGAGGGCCGUGAGACAGGCCCAGGGUUCCCCCAGCAGCCCCGCACGGUCUUUAUCACAAUUAACCGGCGAACCGGCCGUUUUUGCCCAUCUACACAUGUGGUUCACGUGGCUUUUAACCGUUGAACCCUUUGUUGAAAAACCAAGUAGCGCUCCCGAAAUCCCCAUCAGUUGCCCCCCUGCAGCCUUGAGGGCCCUACUUAAAGACAUGGACCGCGAAACUUUCCGAAAAGCCGUCUAUUGCAUCCUAACAGGAAUCAAACUAAAAGUGGACCAGGAAAUUUUGGGGGUUUUUCGCCAAUUGUUGCCCCAAAAUUGGUCACUUCCGAAGAGUGGCGAAAUUUGCAAAUUGGGGAAAAUUGACGAUAAGUGGGUCGUGGAAUGGUCGGGGUGUUUGCCUCCGAAAUUACCCAAAUUGCAAACUGUGAUUGAAGAGGCGCUUCAGAAUGAGGCUUUGGUGGAUAGGGCGUUGGAGCCGUUCCUGAUUGGAGCCAUCUUACAUUGGAGGAAUGUGGCGAGGAGUCUCACGUGGGUCUCUGCCCCCAAUCAAGAGUUAUUUCAAAGUUUGGGAGUGCAGAAAUUUGAUUUGCCCCUUCUGGCCUAUUGGACGGCACAGUGCAGGAACGAAAAAAAUUAAGACAUCAAAAAAUUGACUGUGAAAUACAAAAUUUGGGCCUAGGCUUGAUUCACAAAAAAAAUAAUUUUUAAAGGUCUCAGGUUCGGAAAUUACUUGAAAACUGAUUUAAUCAAAAUCUGAAUUAAUUUAAGGAUACGGAGAACUAAAACUUAGGAGAUGAAACGAGGUACAAAAUCGCUGGAUUUUCUGAACCAAAAAACAAGUACGGUAUAGUAAAAAUGACGCGCUUUGAGUGUAUACCGUUUUGGGCGCAAAAGCGUUUUAAAUCAAUUUAAAUUCAACCAAUACUCUAAUUACUUGCUCAACUAAUGUUGAGCUUUCCAUUCAUAACAGACUGAGAAACUGACUAGUAAAAUUGGUAAAAGUUUGAAAUAAUUAUUUUAAAUAUAGUUUACGAUAAAAUUUUUGCAUUAUGUGUAUGUCGUACAAUGGAUAAUUUGAUGCUUUAUCUGCGUGUAUUUUUUUUUGUUUGCUUUGUCCUAACUGUUAUACUAGUACAACCAAUUUUUUAAAUUAUUGCUCUGAAAACCUAGAGGGCAGUGGAACAACUGCGCGCGCUCUAGCGACAUCAACGGAACUAUUCAGGACGGGAGCGUUUUAUUUGUACGCCUUUUAAUAACCGUACUUUAAAACUUUUAUUUUGGAUCAAGCAGGCCCGAAUUUUAUUUCUCAGAGUCGACUUUGAUGUCACAUUUAUUUAAUCACACGAUACGUAAUGUGAUAAUAUGUAUGUGAUAAAUAUUUGUUUGCUUAUUGUAUAUUUACGGAAUAAUUGUUACAAUUAACGUUAAACAGUUACGUCUU